UUAUGCUUUCCAGAAUCUGAUCCCCACUUCUUUACUCAUCCAUAAAUACAAUUGUCUGGUCCCUCACGGAUCAUCACUUGUUUAACCUCCUUGGAAUCUCAAAACAGAAACUGUCAUCACCAAAGUUACAACAUUUAAGCAGGGCAGAUAUACUUUAUCCCAAAAUAGCUGGCGACCAAAUAUGAGCCUAGCAUGUCUUGUAUGCCAUAGCGUUGAAAGUCCAUCACACUCUUUUAGAAGCUAUUCAGUCUCAAGCUCUGAUAAUAAAGGAAGGUGUUCUGCCAUUGCAAACUGCAUAACCAGGAAGUUAUCUCUUCCUCCUCCAAGAGCAACCAUUGCAUCAACAUCCAAAGUGACCCCACAACCAACCAAUACAAGUCAUGAAAUGACAGGACCCCCAAGACUAGUCCGAAGCCGUGCUGUGAGAAGGGAUUUGGUGAGAGAUUGGAAUUUUGAUGGGGUAGUGAUGGAGCAUUAGUUCCUUGGAAAAGAAUGCAGGUCUAUCCACUAGUAGUAUGACGGUAUUAGAGCUUUAUUUAGCUGUUUUCUCUAGAUCGUUCUAUGACGGGUGCAAUUGAACUCACUUUUCAACUUGAAGAGUUGGAGCAUUUGUGACCAUUGUAGGAAAAUUCAAUAUAAAACGUUGUUCAUAUUUC